CUAGACGGUGUGGAGAGAAAGUCACAGAGGACACGUCCAUUUUUGGAGAAUCCAGCCGUCUUCAAAUUGUUUGACAUUCCUACACUUUAGCUUCAAGACAAACUCUGCUCAAGGUCAUAAAACACUAGACUGCCAUUGACGUCCCAAGAGUGGUCCGGAGCAGAAGCUUCUGUAGAACAUCCCAUCAAGAGAUUGCGAAACCAACAUGCUGGUUGCAGCACAUGCUUAGGUUUAAAAUCUAAAACCUCAGUGCUCCUUGAUACCAUCAUACCAAUACAGAAAAUCACGUACUUGAAACAUGCAGUUUCCUACGAUGCUGGACGAGGAAAAUGCCACUAUGAGUUUUAACGUCCCAACACCCAAGUCGCUUAACAACAAUGAUGAAGUCACUGAGCAAAUAAGAAAUUGGAUCCAACUGGACGUCGGUUCAAAAUUUCACGAAAAUGCCGUCAAACACAUCGAGUCGGUUGUGAAGCGACAACUUUCCUGUUUGGAAACGACUUUAGUCGAAAGACAAUACGUUAAAGUCGUAUUAGAAAUGUGGCUGAGAAAGAGUUUACAAAACGCUGUCAAUUAUCUAAAUGAUCAAACGAUUGAUUUCAGCGUGAAAAUGCCCAAGAUAUUGAAAGAAUUGAAUUCCAUCAAUUCAUUUGAAGGGAUUGGACUCAAACUAAAGGAAGGGACAUGCCAACUAAAAGAUCUAUCUGGCGAAGAUCGUCAAUAUAUAACAUUAAUAAUCGAUCAGAUAGAUCUUUUCAAAAACACACCUCGUUUCGCGGCCCUUGUCGGCAGCUAUUUCCAGCAGUUUAAGGCAUUUUGCAUUGGCAAAGUCUUUUCCAGAUGUCUAGAUGACAUAGCGAAAGAUCAAAUUGACAGCAAAAAAAACUGUGAAGUUAUUCUUGCACUAAAUGCACUCUUGGAGGUCGCUGGUGAAGACGUAAGAAAUCAAAUCAUUUUGGAGACAAAUUUGGUGGAAAAUGAUUUCACAGACCUCAAUAACGAAAACGGACAAGAAUUAAUCCAUAAAAUGUUGGAAAUCUUUGCAAGUUGCAGGGAUGCAACUGAAAACGAAUCCCUUGAACGGUUAGAUCGAUUGAAAACGGAAAAGGCAUGGGCACCGAAAUUGCAAGUUCUGGUCAAAGAGACGUGCAAGACAUUCUUAUUACCUAAAACUACGAUCGAAGUCAAGGAUGAGUAUGGAAGAAAAAUAAUAUUCAUUAAAGGCGCCUUUGUGUUUGUCAGCAAAAUGAUCGAAGAAAUGAAGCGAUUAAAAGAAAAAUAUCCAGAGCUGCAAGAAAUCCAGAUUGUUGGGCUAUCAUCCGUUCACGUCGAUUGCCACCUAGAGAACGAAACCUGGCACGGAACGAACGUGGGAAUCGUUACGGAUAAGAUCGUUGUGGAUUACGAAGUUUGCCGGAAAUGCCAGCAAAAUAACGCCCAAGCAAAAGAAGAAACUACCAUGAGGAAUGCGACCAGUGAUGUUGCGAACAACUUCUCCGUCUGUUGGGAUGUCUCUGGCGUAAACGGUGAACCUGGUCAACCGGGUAAGAGUGGCGGUAACGUUAACAUAAUUUGUAACGAGAUAAUCGACGCCGAACGAUGGAAGAUUAUAUCAGAUGGAGGCAAAGGAGGUGACGGACAGAACGGAAGUAACGGGGAAAGCAAAUCAGACGGAAGGCCUCGCAAGUGGUCCAAAGAAUGUUUCAAAAAAUUUUUCCCUUCCAUGUCAACAUUCGAUAAUGGAGAACAAACAACUGACAUAGCUCCAGAAGAUACAGUAAAAACGGUUCUAACGAACCUAAUGGACCUGUUGCCAGUUGAAAAUCGAACAUAUGGCAAAGAUAUCCGACCAGACUACCGAGGUACUUUUUUCAUCGAAGGCACUGCGAAAGAUGGCAGUAAGAUCAGUUUGUCGUUCUAUCAGUCAAAGACAAAACGACACACACUCAUCUUCUGCCAAGGAAGCAACAUCGGACAAGGUGGAUACGGAGGCACCAUCAUUUUUGAAUUCAUCGCAGGAAAAGACUCGUUUGCAAUAGAAUCGAGGGUUCCAGUCGUCGGUAAGGACGAUCGUCGACCAAGGGCUGUGCGAAUGGGUGUCUACGAGGCAAUGGGCUAUGAUGGCGAAAUGGGAACACCUGUAGGUGACGUUGCGUUCAUCCACAGCCUCAACACUACCAAGUCAUCAGCAAACCAGAAUCUAACAGGUCAUUACAUCGGCUUCGAAAAUAAUGUUAGCCUUCGGAUGGAACGCAACCCUACGAAACCUACAAGGCAGCAAAACGAUCCUGAGAAUUACUACACAAAACUAAGCAAAGAGCAAUAUGCGUCGAUUGUUUACCGUCGUUUACCCGCAUACGGCCAAGUCCAGCCACUGCAUUCGACAGUAGUAAAUGCCACAAAAAAGAAGGUCAUCGUUCGCCAAAGUCUUGCGCAGCACGUUUUUCAAGUGGACGAGCGGAAGCAGAUGUUAAAAUGCCUCCAAGAAAGAUUAUUCAGCAACUGGGAGAAAGAAAAAUUUGCUGACAAUGUCGACUUAUUAGUCAGCCAAAUGAGAGACAAGGAAACUCAGCUUCAUCAGUUGAUGUCGCAGUGCAGUCGGGGCCUCGACAACGUUGGAUCAGUGAGAUUCGUUAAGUCCGCAAAAACAAACUGGAAUCUGAAAUCGGAUAUGAUUAGCGUUUCAGACACCUCGCAUUCUUUAAGCGGUCGACGAUCAGUUGGACGUCGUCCGGUCGAUUUCCGGAAAAAACCACCGGUCGACGUCAGGUGCCUUGAUAUGCUGGCAACAAUGAGCGGCGUCAAUAGCGCUAUACACAGCAUUUACGGUCAGAUGAAUUCUAAUGGGAUGUAUAUUUGCGACGACGUGAUUAUAGCGUGGCUUCGCACUUCUCUCGCUACAUUCAUCCGCGAAAAGAAAAAUAGGGCUAAAGUUUCGGGUUUCAUCAAGCAGUUUGUACUACGUGUACGAAAGAGUGAUGUACUAGAUUGUCCCGUCGCCAAUGAUGUGAAAGUUGCAUAUUUCAAGUUCCGACGGACGAACAGCGAGAAAAGUGAAUUCAACUGGCAGAGUGCAACAGAAUUUGAGGACUUAUAUGAGGAAUACGCUAAAUUUGUUGAGAAGCCAUCAAACCCAGUGGAAUCAGCCGAAUUGGAAAUGCUAGCAAUCAUCGAUGGUUUGAAGACCAUCCAUGUUUACACCGAUCAAUCAUCAUCGUUCAAGUACAAGCAAUCCUUAAAAUCUGUGUUGCCUGAAGACUGUGUUCCCGUUCACUACGUUCUUCACAAAGAAAAUGGAGAAUUUCAAAGAGUCGAACCAAACAUAAUAAUGAAAGAUUUCUGCAUGAUAUAUGACGAUGAUCUGUUUGAAUGUCCGCCCAUCCAAAGUAAAUACUUCUGCGAAUUUUUGGACUCUCUUGAAAAACACGGCGCUAACCAACAGGUCAUCGCUUCAAUGAAGAGGCUCAACCCUGCAAACGGUGAUACACCGGAUAAGUUGUUUCGGUUGCUUCUCAAACAUUGCCGGCGAAAUGACGAAAAUCCAGACGAUUCCGAUGUGAAAUUAUUUGUAAACCUAUAUUCUAUUGAUCUUUGCUGGUUGGCUGAAUGGAUAGAAGAACACAAUAGUCGAAAUCUAAGUCCCAUCUUCUACUUGAAUAUCGUCAAAGCUGGACUACCCGUCGACUGGAUACGCGAUUUUUUAAUGCUUGAAAUUUGCGAUCGGUUUACGGAGGAUGAUUCUGAUGUUCGUACUAUCCGCUCUAUAAAAGAUUGUGUGAAGGAUAUAGUCAAUGGAAUGCCGUCUCUGGUGCCUCUAUUACGCAAAUUGAUUGCCACAUCCGACAGCUGUUCCGCACUACAACCCCAGAAUUUAUUGCGACUCCUGGAAUUGAUAGCAAAGGAUCUCAAACAAGGUGACGGAAUUACAAGUCAGCAAUUGCCGGAGCUCCAACUGCUGCCUCUCAGCGAUUGGUUUUACCAUUUAAAAAGUAAAAGGUGGGAAAGAAGAAUCAAUCUGCUGUCCAUCAGCGAUUUGAAUACUGAAAAAGAGAAUAAAAAACUAAAAAAAGAGGCCGUUUACUUGUUACUGGAACUCGAAUCCCAAAAUGAUGAAGAUCAUUGUGACAAGUUAUUAAAAGAAGUUAAGGAAUUGAAGACUGCUGUUAUUCUUUUGCAAGACGCCCUGCAUUCGAAAGCGACUCCUAGUCAAGAAUAUGACGAAAGAAACAUUGACGAUAUCAUCGAGAAGAUGAAAAUAGAUGUGCCUCAGGAUAAUGAGUCAGACAUAAACAAAUCAUAUCACACGAGCUUGGCUGCAGUGGAAAAAAACGUGAAAGACUCUAAAUCAAUGUCAGACCAAAUGAAGAAAUCUGACGAACAAGAAUACAAGCUAUCUGAGGAAAGAAUUAAGAAACUGAUCAAGCAAUGGCAGAAAAAUGGUUUAGAACUGAACGAUGAAUCAGUUGUUGAUUUUGUCUACGUCUACGAUUACGCCGUACAGAAGACGUGCACGAAGAAAGGAGACAAACAAAUAUUUCAACUACGUGACACCCAGAGAGUGACGAUCAUGGCAUUGCUGCUGAAAUCAGAAAAAAAAAUCACGUUAACGCAAGUGUCAACUGGGGAAGGCAAAUCACUGAUUGUCACUGGUGUCGCAAUUGCGUUUGCCCUUUGUCGAAACAAAGAAAAAAAGAACAAGAAAAUUGACGUUAUUACAAGCAAUGACGUGCUGGCUCACCGUGAUUCUGCAACGUCGGUGGCUGAUGGUGGGCUGCGGGACCUUUAUGAAUAUUUUAAUGUAAGCGUAGCAAACAAUUGCAGUCAAUGGGUGGACGAACGAGCCCUAGCCUACAAUGCAGCAGUCGUUUAUGGACAAUUGGCGAAUUUCCAGCGAGAUUAUUUACUGGAUACGUUUUACGGCCAUAACAUACGCGGUGACCGCACAAUGGACCUCAUUGUUAUUGAUGAAGUCGAUUGCAUGUUGCUCGAUCGCGGCAACAAUGUGCUCUACCUAUCGCACGACAUCCCUGGCAUGGAGAUGCUGGAAUCUCUGUACGUUUUCAUUUGGGAGAAAAUACGCAGCUCUUCAAUCGAUUCGGAUAAGCUAGCAGUACAAGAAUUAGUUAAAUCUGCUGUUCUCCACGACCUGUAUGGUGUUAUAAGUAAAGACGAUUUGGAGUCCAUUUCUGAUUUCCUGAAAGACAAGCCAUCGGAAAAGAAUGCACUAUGGGAUCACUUAAUUGAGACAAAAGUCAUCAACUCACAGGGACAUUUGCUGAUAGAAGGCAAUAUUGAAAACAUCAAAUUUAAGCCACAAAUGGAUCCCAAGAUUCGGUUUUAUCUUCGUAGCGUGGCUAAACGUGAACGGAAUAUUCAAAUACCUACGCAUUUGAUGUCAUUUGUCGAACUUCAUAUUGACACUUGGAUAAAUAAUGCCAUGAAAGCAUUGGAACUGCAACGUGAUGAGGACUAUGUCGUCGAUCAAGACCGAACAGACACCAGCCCAGAUCUCAAUCCUCAAGUGAUUAUCAUCGACAAGGACACGGGGAUCGAUCAGAUCUCGUCGCAAUGGGAUGGAGCACUGCAUCAGUUUAUUCAGCUAAAAGAAGGCUGCAAGUUGACGUCACAAAGUCUAAAAGCCAGUUUCGUUGUGAACUCGAUAUAUAUCCAGACUUACGUAAAGGUGGCAGGAGUUUCAGGUACCCUGGGAUCCAAAACAGAACAAUUGUUUAUGCAAAACAAAUACGAAAGCUGUCAGUUUGUUAUUCCCACAGCUUUCAAGAAACGUUUCCACCUGAAACCGACGCAAGUCUUUAAAUCAAAGGCCCACUGGCUCCAUGCCAUCGUCAAAGAAGCACGACAGAUUAUUCCUCCUGGCCAUAAAAAUAAAGCUCGUUCCAUCGUCAUCUUUUGUCAAUCAAUCCAAAAUGUGAACAUUGUCCACAGUUAUCUAAAAAACGCUGUGAAGUCGGAGCUCAAUGACAACCACAUCCAUUGCUACACACGUGAUUAUGAGAAGUUUGCUUUCGAAGGCAAAUCCCUUGAAGUCGGUCACGUGAUCAUCGCCACUAACUUGGCGGGUAGAGGUACAGAUAUAAAAAUAAGCGAGCAAUUGAAAGAGAACGGAGGUCUACACAUCUGUCUGACUUUUUUGCCAAAAAACGAACGGAUUGAAGAACAAGCGAUGGGGCGUUCAGCUAGGAAUGGAGCACCUGGAAGCGGAGUCUUCCUCUUGUACGAAGAGUCGUCUUCAGGAAAAAAAUGGGGUUCCGAAAAAUGGUUCAGCAUGAAAGAAGAGCGUCAUUGGAAAGAAAGACUACGGAUAUCCUGUUUAGAAGACGAAUUUGAUAGCAUGGAAAUGGAUCGAAGUUUUUUUGAGGAAUUGUUGGAUUAUUACACUGAACUGAAACGAGAACUGAAAAGCCAAAAACGUGAAGAUCAGGAAAUAAAAACACUUUCCGACAGUGUGCUGGACAAAUGGGCUUUGUGGCUUGACCAAAGUGGGGACCCUAUAAGUAUGACCUGUUUCUAUUUUGUUGAUUUUCUCGGUAAAUUUCCUGCUGGACUUGGAUUGCCAGAAUUCAAAAGGACCGACACCAAUUGGAUGACUCCAAUUCGUUCUCUUGCCAUGGCCAAACAUCUGGCUGUACAAAAGUCAUCUCAGUCUCAGUCGACGGCAGUUGAAAUUCUGAAUCGAGUCAUCGCUUCAAAGGAUGGUUCUUUGUAUCCAGCUGCUCAUUACUACCUUGCUUUCAUUUUGUUUGAAGAGGAUUUUGAGGAUAACAAAAACAAAUUCAUUCAAAUUUUGCAAACGUGUGAAACUAUUUUGAACAAUCACAUAAACAUGCACUUGUCCUUUUAUCGCAAAGUCGCCCAUGCAGCGCCUGAGCAAACCCCGUCGUUCUGCGUCGUCGACGCCUAUAAACAGCAAAAAAACAAUAUGGUGAAGAUCCUCGAAUAUUUCAUCGGUUCCGUCCGGGCUUUACUUGGCAGUCAUUAUUGCUCAGCCUCUAAUCUCAAGGAAGCUGGGCGAGAUCCCCCCGAAAAACUUGGAGUCGUCAAAAUGAAAAUGAAAGAAGCUGAAACAUUCAUACAGAAAAAAAUUGCUUCCCAUAUCCCGCGUUUUCAGAAAAAAAGGAAACCAAAUGAUGAACCUAAACGCCACAAAAUUCAUCCCGAAAAAGCGGACAAACUCUUUCAAUCGCUGGUCAAAGAAGAGUUCAUCACCUGUCAGCUCAACGACAUUCAUACAGUCCCUAAUCGGAACGCCAUCAUUCAGGAAGUAGCCGACGAAUACGGAAUCAAGAAUUUGUUAGAAAAUUUAGAGUCCGUCUUUGGGGAGAACUUAAUUGAGGAGCAGAUCGAGACAAAACUCAAAAAAAAAAAUUUGAUUCCGUGCACGAGAAAGGCGUUUUGGGAGAAGUUGAAGAAAGCAGGUGCACUAGAAGCGGUGAAAGGUGGAUUGUGCUCUAAGAUGAAAUGCGUCAUCAUGUUGGAAUCCGAAUGCAAUGUCGAACCAAGUAAACCGAACAGCCAAAAACUCGAUCGAGAUAGACGGAUCAACAUUGAAGACUUUAAGUUUGGAUUGGAUUCUUUCGAUGAGCACAACUGUCUAAACGUGCUGUACAACCCAAUUUACGACAGCAUGAGUGACUUAUUGAAGCAGAAGAAAAUCAUGUUCAGCAAAGAGUACGUUAAAAAACAACUCGGCGAAGAAGAGUAUCGACGCCGCAAGGAGAAAUUUGAAUCCAAUCAAAUUGCACAGCUUAACCUCGACAAACUUGACCUCGACAAACUUGAAAGGGUCAGUUUGAAAUUUUCUGACCCGUUGGGGAAGCAUGAUUUGGAGCGAAUCAACAUAAAUUCUAGUGGCGAGCAGGAUGGCGUUUGGAAUGCGCUAGUUGAUCAGAAAAUCAUUGACUCAAAUGGAAAAUUAUUGCCCAACUUCCAAAAAUUCAGUUAUCCAGAAUGUCCAGCUUAUGAGAAACCUGUCAUGCGUAUGAUUGGGAGAACUUUUGUGGCUGAAAUAGUCAAAAGUCAAUGGCUAAGGCUAAAGGCUGACAAAAAUCCCAAUUGUUUGAAAGCCAUAAAUUUGCUACCAUUGAAACCCUAUCGAGAUAUGCUUGGCGAUUUGAUGGCUGCCCACGUCAUAUCUGGUGCUCGAGUGACGGAAAAUACAAAACUCAUCGAGGAGAAAACUAAUGCACUUGAAGACAAAGACGAGGGUGCAUGUGUUCGCAAGUUUCUGAAAAACCGCCAAGCUGUUUAUGCUCCCAAGAUGAAAAAAUAUGACGUUUAUCUUGACUUGAUCGAAAUGGAUAUUCGAAAGAUUCCAAACACCGAGAACAUUUCUACGGAACUUCAUAGUUUCGAUCUCGUAGGGUUCAAUCACGUCAUUGACAUUAAGGAUCGAGAAAUGUCAUGGAAAACAUACCUGAGAGCAAUUGGGGCCGGUGCUGUUGGUAUCGCUUCGAUUGGUGGUGGAGUUUUCUUGAUUCACGAAAAACUACUAUCCAUUGGACUAAGCAAGAAUUUAUUGUUCAUGGGAGGAGCAUCAGACAUUUUGUACGCCAUAACGGCCAUCCUGACGCGCAGCAACUUCACGUGGGCCGAUUACACUCGUCAAAGGCUAAUGAGUGCCAUAGGAAAGGCAGAACCCAUGGACAUGAUCAAAACAAUUUUCAAAUUGUACAGUUCAACUGAAAACGCUGAUUUCAGAGAGGCAAUUCAAUUGGCCGUCGGCGAGGAAAGAUGGAAACGACAAGGCAGAAGUCAAACAGACAGAGAUGGUGAAGUUCCAUCAGGCGGAACUCUAGAGAGGAUUGGAUUGAAGAAACACAAAACCGAGUUUUACUUCCACAGCCAACUCCAUUAUCUUUUACAAGAUUUUGGCAUCUUUAUACAUGGAAAAACAAAGAAAUGCCUCGCCAAAAACUUGAACGAAAUCCGAGAAAGACUGACCCAAUUCAAACAUCUUCCCGGACUCGAAACAUCCCAGCAUUUGGUUAGAGAGAAGAUGAAUAAAUUUAUUUCUGAUUGGGCUACAGAAGGACACAAGUGGGUCAGUGAAAUCACCACUGCCAUGACUUCAAAACUGGACGAGAUUCAUAUGGUCCUCCAACAAACAGGAGAAAUUCCAUUGACACAAGAAAUAGCUGAUGAAGGGAUCCGCGAAAUGGAACCGAUUUUCCAUGACUAUGAGGUGCGAAUCAGAUUGAUACGCGUGACUGUCACCUGCAUUAGCGAAUUUCUAUCAGACCUGAAGAAUUAUGACAAGCCCAAAGUUGCAAGAGCUGAAGACAUCGGCGUAAAGGAAGCAUUUAAGCGUUUUCAGGAAAGGAUGCUGGCUGACAUAGAGGCUGAGCUGGAAAGACAGGUGGACAAGAUUCUGGACUCUUUGAGGGAAAAAAUUCAUCGAGUCGCCUCUAACCAAGUCUCUAAUUUAGCCAAUAUUAAUUCGGAAAUAUUCACCACUUUUUUGCAGUUUACUUAACCGAAGUUGAAUGUUCAAAAAUUUUCGAAUUGUCUAAUUGCGCACUGUGAGAGGACGACAAAUAUUUUCAAACACUUUGGGAUUUUCAGCAAUUAUAGCUUUUCACUUGAUUUAUUCGGGGAGUAUUCCUUAUAGAGCUUUUUUUUUUAAGGGAAUCAAUAUUACAUUUCAUUUAAUCCUGUUUGGACACUGAACUGAUUUUUGUUAUCAACUUUCCUUUUCUUUUCUUCAUUUGUUUUACUUUUUAUAUACCACGUAGUGUGUUAUUUCCAUUAUGCUCCAUCGAGUUGAAUACAUAGAAAUUUUAGUUCAAA